AUGGAAGAUGUGGAGAACAUAAAGGCUUCAUAUAAGAUGCUGAAGUGUAAAUGCGUUUACCUCAAAAGCUACUUGGAGCACAUUAUUAUUGUGUCGAAAAGAUCCUCUGACCUUCUUUUCCGUGCUCUCCAGAUUCCUCAGGAUACUGCAUGGAAUGACCCGUUACUUAUGCAUUGUAUAGAGAUGAGUGAGAGACAGAGGGCUGUGUUUGACGAAGCGGGACUGCUCUAUGGGGAGACGUUAUUCAAGGAGCUUGAUGGGCUAAUUGCAACCAUUGUCAGUGACAUUCGGAUGAUUGACGAAGAGGUGAAGAGGGUUUCCGAAAAGCCUGCCGAAGGGCUGAAGGAAUUAAGAAUAGCUAGAAACAAGCAUAUGGAAGCCUGGACAUAUGGAAAGCACGAUCCCUGGUUGACGGAGCUUGGAUUGAAGAGGGCGGUUAAGAAAGUUCUUUUAAUGGACGACGAAGCAAACCAUGUAAUGUAUGAUAAGAUUGGAGGGUUCGCUGAAUCCUUACAGGGAGCGGGAGAGAGAUUCAAGGAAGCUCUGCUCAGCCUUGUAAGGAUCCAAAGGCAAAAGUAUCAGAAACUCCGAGACUCUACAGAUGUGGAGAUAAAAGGAUAUGACGAGAUAGAUAGGUUUUUUGAUACCGUUUCUGAAUCACCGAAGGAGAUGAAAGCGGAGGUCAAUAAAGAAGAGAAAUUGAAGGAAAAGGUUGACUCAUCGUUUGAAACGUUUGUGGAAGGGAUCAGUAAAGAGUUGAUUGGAAAAGGGAUAACUGUUAGAAAGAAUUUGGAGGUUGUGAGGUCUUCGAUAUGCAAGGUGAAGAAGGGAUACACGGGAGACUGGGUCACAGCAUAUUUAACGAUUACUUCUACAGGAUACGGGCAUUUCUUCGAUAUCUCCGGACUGCUGAAUGAGACUGAGGAUCUCAGGAACAUUGUUGAGAGACUGAAUGGAGGUGUUGGUAAAAGCCUCAUAUCCAUAUUUGAUGCAGGCAAGCACAAGAAGGAGCCUGGAGAAGAUAGAAUGGUUUUUGAAGUGAACAGCAAAGUUGGGGAGAUGAUUGAGACACUUUCAAGCCCGGUGAUCUCUAUCUAUCUAAAUGACAAUACAUAUGAACUUGAUAGAGAAAGAAGGCAGAUCUCGGCUAGCAAUAGACAUCAAAAUGGAUUUGCUAGCUUUUUUGGAGUUAGCGAGGUGAAGAUUAAGCUCUUCACACUUUCGAAUGCAAUAGAGAUAUUCCAUGCAUUCAAAGAUAGGAAUCAGCCUGAGGAAAGCAUAGACGACUUUUCUGAAAGUCCUGAGAAGGUCUUAGAUGAGGGAAUAGGGCUUAAGGUUUUGUUGCAGGAAGAAAAUCCUUGGGUGAGUGGAUAG